UAAGGAUAGCAAUGGCCCACGUGGAAGCCAUGGGAACUAGCAGUAAUCUUCAUUGCUUAUUAAACCAUUCAGCAGUGUACAGCAUCUGCUAUAAUACCACACGUCAUCAUAACCCGCUUCCACCACCACUUUUAAUUUCAUAACCAUCGAGCUUCAUUCAUAACCAACACCACCACUUUCUAAUAAUCUUUUGGCACUGAAAAACAAGAAGACGACAAGAUCAACGGCCUCAAUGGACUCCUCCAACUCAACAGAUGAUCCCACCCCAUCCUUUUCUUUUAGAAGCACAACUCAGAACACCUUCUUGAGAAGCCAUUCCACAAAAGAGCCUCCUUUCUCAGGUUUCCUUCACUCGCCGCCUCGCCUUUCGUGUCCUACGCUUUCCCGAAGCCUCCAAGCCUCCCCUCUUUCCUCUCCUCUCCAUCCUCAUGCCACAAAGCUCUCUGAUUCUGAUGAACCCCAAACCAGAUACCACUGUGCCUCCUCUGUUCUCAGAAAAGAUGGUCAGAUCCUGUCCAUUUCCUUGUCAAAUGGGUUGGUCUACACUGGUUCAGAUUCAAAUGUUAUUAGGGUCUGGAAGCUUCCUGAAUUCACAGAGUGUGGACAGCUCAGAACAAAGGCUUGCAGGGUGGUGGCAAUAGAGGUGUCCAAUGAUACAGUUUAUGCAGCCUAUGGGGAUGGAAAGAUUAGGCUUUGGAGAAGAACACGGGAUAGAGUUUUGAAGCAUGUCCGUUUCGGAACUAUCCCAAAGAAAUCUAGUUCCGUGCGGAGUUACAUCCUCGGCAGAGACAAGACAAUGAAGCAUAAGGGGCAAAUCACGUCAAUGGCAAUCAACACGGCAGAGGACAUAAUAUACACAGCUUCAAUUGAUAAAACAGUGAAAGUAUGGCGAAUCCCAGAACUUAAAUGCAUUGAGACAAUAAAAGCACACCUUGAGCCCAUCAACGUCGUCAUCGUGGGUGACGAUGGAGUUCUCUACACAGCCUCCGACGACGCCACAGUCAGGGUUUGGAGGCGAAAUUUUUGCAGCCAUGACAAGCCCCAUUCCCUCACAGUAACCCUGCACGCAAAGUCCUCCCCAGUAAAAGCAUUGGCUCUAACCUCCGACGGAGGUGUGCUGUAUGGUGGCUGCUCCGAUGGCUACAUCCAUUUCUGGCUAAAGGGUUGGUUCGCCGGCCAACUCCAAUAUGGCGGUUCAAUCCAAGGCCACACACACGCAGUGCUAUGCCUAGCCAGUGUGGCAAACUAUGUAGUUAGUGGUUCAGCAGAUUCAACAAGCAGGAUAUGGGAAAGAGAGCAAGAUGGUCAACACACUUGUGUAGCAGUUCUGGUAGGUCAUAGGGGACCAGUAAGGUGUAUAGCAGCUCUUUUAGGAGAAAGAUUUGGAGAAGAUAGUGAGGAUACUUGUAGGGUUUGUACUGGAAGCCUUGAUGGAGUCUUGAAGCAUUGGCGUGUCGCAAAAACCAACAAGUGGGAUAGCAAUCAAUGUUCGUCACAAGAUGAUGGCGGCAAGUAUUUCGAACUUUGAAAGAGUUUCAUAACUA